AUGUCUACCCAGCUGAGCACAGCUACGCUCACCCCCCUCUUGCCCGGCCCUCGCAUUACGCGGGGUUCUCUCACUACACCGCCGGCACGUGGUGAUCACCGUGGGUCCACUGCCAAUAAUGACCACGCCGGCGCCACUGGCGAUCAGACCCCUAUCGGUACAGUCAGCCAGGCGAUGUAUUAUGUCAUUCAUCUGAUGGUAGACUCAGCGCUCUUUCGCGACAUCGCCCAGCGUCUCGAGAACAUGAGCCAGAGCCUUUCGAAGCAGACCGCCGCCCUCGGCGACCAGAGCGAAGACGUUGUCGAGGUGCAACUGGCCAUCGACACUGAUCAGUUGAAGUCACUCCAUUUUCUCGGCCUUCAACUCGACAACGUCGAGGAGACGAUCAAGAUCGAGAAGGUGGAGCUCUCUCAUACUUUCGACAAGGGCUUUGAGGACCUUGGCGAUGCCUUGGACAAGACCUUUCAGGCCACGCGGGAGCAGAACGACAUGCUUCUCCGUACGAUCGAGGAGCACCGCCAGCGGUUCUCCGACAAGCGCCGCGCAGUGAAGGCCGUCAAAGGCUAA